AUGCGUCAAGCCGAUCACAUAUAUAAGUACAAGACCAACCAUGAAACCUUAGUCAAAUGGAUAAAUUUGGGUCAGUUGUGUUUGACAUCCGAUAAAGUAUUGUGUGAGUUAUCAGCAGCUGCUGCAGUAGCAGCUGCAUUAGUUGAUAUAUUUGUGGCAAAGGCGGUAUUGGAAAAAGGAAAGGAUGCAACAACUGACCAUGAGUUAGCGGUGUUCAAUGAUACCUUUUACAUUUGGGGAUAUAGUCCAAUAUACACCUAG